CGGCUGCGCUCCGAGGAGGAUCCUACGAUGGACGGGCUCCGUGGUAGUGCAGGUUUGCCGAGGCGCGGGCGGCUGAGACGCCGGCGCCAGCCACAGUCACACAGCGGGUCGGUGCUGGUCCUGCCCUUGAGGCCCAGGAAGGUCCGAAGGCAGCUGAGGCGAAGUGUUGCAUCCCGUAUGGCCGCUCUGAGGGCCCAGGCGCUACCAAGCGAUGACUCGAGGGAGGAAUCGCCUGGGGACGAUCCCCGGGACCCGCUGCCUGGUGGGCCGGCGGCCACCCCGGAUGCGGUCCGGCGAGAGCCGUACGGCCACCUCGGGCCUGCAGAGCUGCUGGAGGCCUCGCCCGCGGCCCGCUCCCAGCAAACCCCGCCGGUGCGCCUGGUGCAGGCUUCGGCGCCGCCCGCACGUCUGGGGGAGGUACCAGCCACGCCAAGCCGGGUGGUGGAGACCUCGGCCCUGCUGUGCUCGUCCCAGCACUCGGCGGCCGCCCCACCGUCUGUGGCGGCAGCGGCGCUGUCAGGGCCACAAGUGGACAGCACGGGCGGGGAGCUAGCCUGGGACUCUCCGUUACAGCGCGUCUUGGCGGAGCUUAACCGCAUCCCCAGCAGCCGGCGGCGGGCGGCGCGCCUCUUCGAGUGGCUCAUUGCACCUAUGCCACCCGAUCAUUUCUACCGGCGCCUGUGGGAGCGCGAGGCGGUGCUGGUGCGGCGGCAGGACCACACCUACUACCAGGGUCUCUUUUCUACCGCAGACCUAGACUCCAUGCUGCGCAAUGAGGAGGUGCAGUUCGGACAGCACCUGGACGCCGCGCGCUACAUCAACGGGCGGCGGGAAACCUUGAAUCCGCCCGGCCGCGCCCUACCCGCCGCCGCUUGGUCCCUGUACCAGGCUGGCUGUUCCCUGCGCCUUCUUUGUCCGCAGGCUUUUUCGACCACCGUGUGGCAGUUUUUGGCUGUGCUCCAAGAGCAAUUUGGAAGCAUGGCGGGCUCCAACGUUUACCUCACCCCCCCUAACUCGCAGGGCUUUGCUCCCCACUACGACGACAUCGAGGCUUUUGUGUUGCAGCUGGAAGGUAGGAAACUUUGGCGAGUCUACCGACCCCGGGUCCCAACUGAGGAACUGGCCCUGACAUCCAGCCCCAACUUCAGCCAGGACGACCUUGGUGAGCCAGUGCUGCAGACUGUGCUGGAACCUGGAGAUUUGCUCUAUUUUCCUCGGGGCUUCAUUCACCAAGCCGAAUGCCAGGAUGGAGUGCAUUCUCUGCACCUCACCUUGUCCACGUACCAGCGCAAUACCUGGGGUGACUUCCUAGAGGCUGUACUGCCUCUGGCAAUUCAGGCUGCAAUGGAAGAAAAUGUGGAGUUUCGUAGGGGGCUGCCCCGAGACUUCAUGGAUUACAUGGGGGCCCAGCAUUCGGAUUCUAAGGAUCCUCGAAGAACUGCUUUCAUGGAGAAGGUGCGGGUCUUGGUUGCCCGCUUGGGACACUUUGCUCCUGUCGAUGCUGUGGCUGACCAGCGAGCCAAAGACUUCAUCCAUGAUUCUCUGCCUCCUGUGUUGACUGAUAGGGAGAGGGCCCUAAGUGUUUAUGGGCUCCCAAUUCGCUGGGAAGCUGGAGAACCUGUGAACGUGGGGGCCCAGUUGACAACAGAAACAGAAGUGCACAUGCUUCAGGAUGGGGUAGCUCGGCUGGUGGGUGAAGGAGGCCAUUUAUAUCUCUAUUAUACAGUGGAAAACUCCCGUGUUUAUCAUCUGGAAGAGCCCAAGUGCUUGGAGAUAUUCCCCCAGCAAGCUGAUGCCAUGGAACUCUUGCUCCGCUCCUACCCAGAGUUUGUGAGAGUAGGGGACUUGCCCUGUGACAGUGUGGAGGACCAACUUUCUUUGGCAACCAUGUUAUAUGAUAAGGGGCUGCUACUCACCAAGAUGCCUCUUACCUGAACUAGUUUCUUGUUGAUUGCUGGAAUGGAAACAGGCAGUGAUGAUUCUCUCUUACCACCCCCACCUUUUUGGGGGGAAAAAUUCAUGUUCUUACCUUGAUUACCAUCAGUGCACUCACAUUUACCUUUAUGAUUGAUUCAAUGUCAUAAAACUCAGAUGGUUUUCCAGGAACCACCUCCUCAUCUAGGCACAAAAGUGAAAGCAGAGGUUGGAGGAGGAAAGGGGGAGUUAUUUCUACAGAAGUAACCUCGAUUCCUGAUUAUUUUGCAGUAACCACCACCCUUGGGCUUCGGUGUACUGUGUAGCCCUUGCUGUGUCACUCCGCUUGAGACAUUAGAAGUUUUUAUUUGGAAGUGUUUGCAUCCUUAAUUUGAGUACUUUUUCAUCGGUUUGGGGUGAUGGUUGGGAUUGGCAUCCUGUUUGUUAUUGAGAAUUUGUGUGAAUGUUAGAAAAGUUAUUAAAGUGCCAAAGAAUUUCCCUUUUCUAAGGCUAGAUUAUUAUGUGGCAUGGUUUAAGGGAAUGUGGUGGGUGGGGGGAGGGAAGAUAGGGAAAAUUUGUAAGGGCUGAGGUGAAAGGUAACUUGAGUGGUUGUUUGGGGCCAAUUCUAUAAGUUUAGGGGUAAUUUGUUCAUUUUAAUCAUGCUUCUUGAACCCCAAAUAACACAACCCUAUUAAAAAAGUUAUGAUAUACUAUGUUUUUAAGAGUAUGGUAUGUUUUUGCUAAGUGUUGCUUGCAUCAGUGGCUGGCACUGUCUCCUACUUCCGCUAUCUUAGGCCUUAGUAAAUCAGCUAUGUAGCAAGCUGGCCAUGAGGGAAGGCUGGUGGUCAAGUUACUUUCCACUCUCAUUUCUUUUUGGCAGUUGGAAAAAACUUCCCCAUAUCAGGCAAGUGAAUAUUCUCAUGGUUGGUGGAAAAGAGCCUGGUGUACCAGAGAGAGCACUGGACUUGGAACCAGAAGACCCGGGUUUGGGGUGGUGGCUGGUAGGCAGCUGGCUGAAUGACCUGAGGCUGCUGCUACACAUGGGCACACUGAUUUUGUAAGUAUAUAUUGGUACAGCUUGAUGUCUGCACCUCAUCAUUUAGGUUGUAUCUGGAACUCUUAUCCUGCCAGCAUAACUGAUAGGUUCAGUUCUAUAAGGUUGAGAACUUGAUAAAGUCUUUCUUUUAAAGUUGUAAAACCAUAGAUGUACAGAAAGUAAAAAUGAUAGUUCUCCCUCUGACUGCAUUUUCCAGAGAUAACUGGAAAACGUAUUAAAGGUUAAGCCUACAAGGCUUUUUUGGUGUGCCUAA